AUGAAUUUCUGCUAUUUUUCAUAGCUUUGGCCCAAACAAUCUUUCUCAGCAGCUCAUGAACGUACAUUUGGAAUAAUCGAACGCUUCAUCCACAAUAAUAUCAAAACCUUCUACAUCACUCCUUAAGAUAAAAAAAAAGCAGAGGAUAUACGCUAAUAUAUUGAUUUGAAAUGCCAUCAGGCCGACCCUUCCAACACAAGCAGAGUCAACCAUGUGUUGAGUCGAAUCUAAUCACCUACAGUAAGUUUUUUCGACACUCAUGUAUCAGAAUGCUUAUACAGUCAUUAUGUACAUUAAGUAUUCUCAAAUUGUGCUAAAGUGUUGGAUUUAUAAGACUUACACAGUUUAAGAUUGAAGAGGGAAAACUUGCUCACUGCCGAAUUGAUGAACAAGGAAGUACUAAAGGCAAAGCCAGAGCUAGGAGAUGAACUCACUGAUAAGGAGAUGGCUUCAAUUAUAAGAAGCGAUCUCAUAAUAGCAUGUUCUGAUUAUGAAAUGGAAUUAAUAAAACAUCUAAAUAAAAAGGUUCAAUUGGUUACUUUCUUUUACCCUACCACAAGACCGUUGGACGAAGAAGAUAAGUAAGCCAUAGAACUCAAGAAACAUCAUUACAAGAGAAGACACUUUGUAUUUCUUGGUAAUAUGUCACAUCGACCAAAUUAUGAUGCUGUCAAAAGAUUAAAAGAUCGAAUCUGGCCAAUAAUCGUCAAAGCACUUCCAUAGGCUCAGUUGCAUAUUUAUGGUAGUAAUUUCCCUGCUGAAUUUAAGACAGAUGAAUACAAUGGUUUCAUUUGCAAGGGACUAAUGAAAGAAAUUGACAUUCUUGGAAAGUAUAGAGUCAUGCUAGCACCCUUGCGUUUCGGUGCUGGAGUAAAGGGAAAAAUCACUGAUGCUUGGAGAGAAAUGUUACCUGUCAUUACAACACCUAUUGGUGCUGAGGGUUUAUUCUUAGAAUCGAGUUAAGCAGUAAGAUAUGAAUGCGUCAAUCAAAUUCAAUCCAAAUUCUAUUCUGACAUGGAAGCCGAUCGUCUCAAUCCGCAAGUAAGGAAGCAGAGUCUAGAAGAAGAAAAUUUCAUGAGGGAAUACUACACUUACGAUAAUAACACUGAAGAAAUGGCUAAGAAAUUAACAUUUGGAGGUAGCUUUAAUAAUUGGACUGAUGAGCAAUUCGCUGAAGAAGCCAUUAAAAUGUAUUAAGAUGAAUAAUUGUGGUUUAAUGCCAUUGAAAAUUCUUAGAAGAUCUUAAAAAGAAGAAUGGAUACAAUUGUUAAUGAAAAGUUGUUGAUGAAAGCUAUAUCAGAAACUUAAACUAACUUAGCUUCCAUGAGAAGGCAGGAUAUUUUAUAGAAGUUGACUUGGAGUGAAACUCUUCGUUCUAAUUAUCAUUUUGCCAAAUAUCUUGACGAGAAACGUAAGAAUUUAGAAUUAACAGGUAAAUUAAAGUAAUCGAAUUGAAAU